GCCAUAUCCAAAUUCCAUUUUCUUACCUUCAAGUUCAAGACCAUGGCUACUGCAGUGUCUGGAGUGUUAGUCCCUAGCUUCGGCACCAAAAUCUCUUCUUCUACUCGUCCAGGAGUAAUAGCCACGAGCCUCAAGCUCAACCCUUCUUCUUCUUCUCUAAAGCCAAGUGCCCUUGUCUUCUCUUCUUUCCCUAAAGCGAAAAGAUUAACAACCACAACGCUGCGCCGCCGCAGCACCAUCCGCAGCUCGGUGGAGCAGGAGCAACAGCUGCAAGCCAAAGUUACCUCCAAGUGCUUCUUCGAGGUCGAUGUCGGCGGCGAGCCUCAGGGUCGCAUUGUGCUCGGCUUGUUUGGAGAUGUCGUCCCCAAAACCGUCGAAAAUUUCCGUGCUUUGUGCACAGGAGAGAAAGGAUAUGGUUACAAAGGCUCCUCCUUUCACCGCAUUAUCAGAGAUUUCAUGAUCCAAGGAGGGGACUUUACUGAAGGAAACGGUACCGGUGGAAAAAGCAUUUAUGGUUCUAGCUUUAAAGAUGAGAAUUUUGACUUGAAACAUGUGGGGCCUGGAGUGUUGAGCAUGGCUAAUGCUGGUCCUAAUACCAAUGGCAGCCAGUUCUUCAUCUGCACAGUCAAGACUCCAUGGUUGGACAAUCGCCACGUUGUGUUUGGACAAGUUAUCGAGGGAAUGGAUGUAGUUCGGAAACUUGAAGCCCAGGAGACUAGCAGAUCAGAUACCCCUCGUUCACCUUGCAGAAUCAUCAACUCUGGAGAGUUGCCUCUCGAUGCUUGACUUGACUUACCUUUUUCUAAUAAUGUGGUUUCACUCUCAACUCUCCCCUCUUCUCUUUUUUUCAACUAAUAUCAUUUUGCAAUGUUGAAUGAGGCAAAAUCCCAUGUGUAAGCUAUAGAGAGAUUGAGUAAUGUAACUCGUGAUGGAUUGGAUAGAUAUGAAAAGCAAUAGACAGCUCCUUUCUAUUGUCA